AGCCAGAUCCCUGGCACAGGUGGGGCAGAGCCAGGGGGCACCAAGCUAGGCUGGGCCCAGCUGCAGCCACCCCCCCCCCUGCACAGCAGCAGGAAUCUCAGCAGCUGCAGCAGGGCUCCUCCGACGGGCUGGCCACGAGGGAUGCCUGAGACCCUGGGCUGGUGCUAGAGCUUCAGCCAGCCAGGCCUCCUGGGAACGCUGUCAGACACCUGCCAAGACGCUUGCUUCCCAAAGACCCUUCGCCGACCGGUCUCUGGCCAGGACGCCGCCUGCCUACCGGACAACAUGAACUCCCAGAACGAGUCAGAUGGGGUAUCUGGACACGAGCAGUCGCUGGAGCUCCUUUCACGGACUCCGCUCCAUGGCCUCCCUGUGGCAGCGGUAGACGUGAAGCCGGUGCUGCCCGUGGCCAUGCAGAACUCCUGCGGCAGCGGCAGCAGCAGCCCGGUGGACCUGCGGACGGAGACGCGGGGCAGUGUGCCCAGCGUGGACCCGGCGGUGCGGGAGCAGCAGCUGCAGCAGGAGCUGCUGGUCCUCAAGCAGCAGCAGCAGUUGCAGAAGCAGCUGCUUUUCGCCGAGUUCCAGAAGCAGCACGAGCACUUGACGCGGCAGCACGAGGUCCAGCUGCAGAAGCACCUCAAGCAGCAGCAGGAGAUGCUGGCAGCAAAGCGGCAGCAGGAGCUGGAGCAGCAGCGCAAGCAGGAGCAGCUGCGGCAGGAGGAGCUGGAGAAGCAGCGGCUGGAGCAGCAGCUCCUCAUCCUCCGGAACAAGGAGAAGAGCAAAGAAAGUGCCAUCGCCAGCACGGAAGUGAAGCUAAAGCUCCAGGAGUUCCUACUCAGCAAGUCAAAAGAGCUGACUGCAGGCGGCUUCAACCAUUCCCUCCCACAGCACCCCAAAUGCUGGGGAGCCCAUCAUACCUCGUUGGACCAGAGUUCCCCUCCCCAGACAGGCAGCCCGGGAACACCGCCCUCCUACAAACUACCCCUACUCGGCACAUAUGACAGCAGAGACGACUUUCCGCUCCGGAAAACCGCCUCGGAACCCAACUUAAAAGUGCGCUCGCGGUUAAAACAGAAGGUGGCCGAGCGCAGGAGCAGCCCCCUGCUGCGGAGGAAAGACGGGACCGUCAUCAGCACGUUCAAAAAGAGAGCCAUUGAGAUCACGGUCUCCUCCGUGUGUAACAGCGCCCCAGGGUCCGGUCCCAGCUCCCCGAACAGCUCCCACAGCACCAUUGCUGAGAAUGGCUUCACUGGCUCUGCCCCCAACAUCCACACCGAGCAGCUGCUCCCCCAGCACAGAGCCCUGGCCAUGGACGGCUCGGCUAGCCAGCUCAGCCUCUAUACCUCCCCGUCCCUGCCCAACAUCUCCCUGGGACUGCAGGCAACGGUCACCGUGACCAACUCGCACCUCAACGCUUCCCCGAAGCUCUCCACCCAGCAAGAGGCGGAGCGCCAGGCCAUCCAGUCGCUGCGCCAGGGUGGGGCCCUCACGGGCAAGUUCAUGAGCACCUCGUCCAUCCCCGGCUGCCUGCUGGGGGUCGCCCUGGAGGGUGAGACCAACAGCCAUGGGCACGCCUCCCUGCUGCAGCACGUGCUGCUCCUGGAGCAGGCCCGCCAGCAGAACACGCUGAUCGCCGUCCCGCUCCACGGCCAGUCCCCGCUGGUGACGGGCGAGCGCAUCUCCACCAACAUGCGGACGGUCAACAAGCUGCCCCGGCACCGGCCGCUGAGCCGCACCCAGUCGUCCCCGCUGCCCCAGAGCCCCCAGGCCCUGCAGCAGCUGGUCAUGCAGCAGCAGCACCAGCAGUUUCUCGAGAAGCAGAAGCAACAGCAGCAGAUUCAGCUUGGCAAGAUCAUCACCAAGACGGGCGAGCUGCCCCGCCAGCCCACCACGCAUCCAGAGGAGACGGAGGAGGAGCUGACGGAGCAGCAGGAGGCGCUGCUGGAGGACACAGUGCCCCUGGGGCCAGUGGGUUUCGUGGUGGACGGCUCGCCGGAGAGCGAGAGCACGCAGGACGAGCUGGAGGAGGACGAGGGCGGCGAGCCAGUGAAGGACGAAGGGGGUGCGAGCGGGGACGAAGAAGAGCCCAUCGACUCGUCGGAGGUGGAGGAGCUGGGCGUGGCUUACAAGCAGGUGUUCCCCGAUGCUCAGCAGCUGCAGCCCAUCCAGCUCUUCCCAGCUUCCCUGACCAUCACCACCCUGCCUCACCAAGCACUGAGCCGGACCCAGUCCUCGCCUGCCACCGCGGGCAUCAAGAACACGGCAGCUGAACCCCCGGUCAAACACCUGUUCGCUACUGGCGUGAUCUACGACACAUUCAUGCUGAAGCACCAGUGUAUGUGCGGGAACACUAACAUUCACCCAGAGCAUGCUGGGAGAAUCCAGAGCAUCUGGUCCAGGCUCCAGGAGACCGGCUUGCUGAGCAAGUGCGAGCGGAUCCGGGGCAGGAAAGCGACGCUGGAUGAAAUCCAGACGGUCCAUUCGGAGCAUCACACGUUGCUGUACGGAACCAGCCCCCUCAACCGACAGAAACUCGACAGCAAGAAGCUGCUAGGUCCCAUCAGCCAGAAGAUGUAUGCGGUCCUGCCCUGCGGCGGCAUCGGGGUGGACAGCGACACGGUGUGGAACGAGAUGCACUCGUCCAGUGCUGUCCGCAUGGCCGUGGGCUGCUUGGUGGAGUUAGCCUUCAAGGUGGCCUCGGGAGAGCUCAAGAAUGGAUUUGCCGUCAUCCGGCCCCCGGGGCACCAUGCGGAAGAAUCCACGGCCAUGGGCUUCUGCUUCUUCAACUCCGUCGCCAUCGCUGCCAAGCUGCUCCAGCAGAAGCUCAGCGUCGGCAAGAUCCUCAUUGUGGACUGGGACAUUCACCAUGGCAAUGGCACCCAGCAAGCCUUCUACAGCGACCCCAACGUGCUGUACAUCUCCCUGCACCGCUAUGACAACGGCAACUUCUUCCCAGGCAGCGGGGCCCCCGAGGAGGUUGGCAGCGGGAUGGGGGUGGGGUACAACGUCAACAUAGCCUGGACAGGCGGAGUGGAACCCCCCAUCGGCGAUGUGGAGUACCUGGCCGCGUUCAGGACGGUGGUGAUGCCAAUAGCCAACGAGUUCUCCCCGGACGUGGUCCUGGUCUCUGCCGGCUUCGACGCAGUCGAGGGACACCUGUCUCCACUGGGUGGCUACUCCGUCACGGCGAAAUGUUUUGGGCACCUGACCAAGCAGCUGAUGAAACUGGCCGGCGGGCGCGUGGUGCUGGCUUUGGAGGGGGGUCACGACCUGACAGCCAUCUGCGACGCCUCAGAAGCCUGUGUCUCCGCCCUGCUUGGCGUGGAGCUGGACCCCCUGGAUCAAGGUCUCCUGCAGCAGAAGCCAAAUGUAAAUGCCGUGGCCACGCUGGAGAAGGUUAUUGAAAUCCAGAGCAAACACUGGAGCUCUGUGAAGCGCUGUGCCUCGGUGGUCAGCUGUUCCUUGCUGGAGGCGCAGAAGGGGGAAGCCGAGGAGGCAGAGACAGUAAGUGCCAUGGCAUCGCUCUCGGUCGAUGCCGAACAAGGAAGCACAGACUGCAGCCCCAGACAAGUGGAUGAGCCGAUGGAGGCGGAGCCUGUUUUGUGAAGUGCCAAGCCGUCGUGUAGCUGUCACUUUUUUGUGGUUUUUUUGGUCAUUUGUGAUUUCGUUCCCCUCCCUCCCCCCAAAGGAUUUUUUUUUCUAUUAAAAAGAGGAGAAAAAAAAAAGUCACACUCAACUCCACAGCAAAGCCGUGUGUGUGAUUGUGUCCGUCUCCAAGCAGCUGACCCCACCAGCAUCUCAGUCUUGUCCCCGCACCUUCGGGAUUCAGGGGUUUGGUUGGUUUCGAGUUCCUCCUCUCCUGUCUUACGUCUCCGGCGUUCUUCCCUUUGGCGACACAAGGUAGCAGCAAAACAAGAAACAGUUUCACUUUGGGGUCCUUUACACUCUGUGCUCCGGAGAGAGGAGACGACCCGGCUGAUUUCAAAUCUGAACGGCAACACCGUCCUGUUUUCUCUCCCUCUCUCUUCUUUUCUCGUUCCCCUGGUUCGCUCACACUGAAAUCCAACCUCUGUGACUUGCUUUCUUGCUUUUUUUUUUUUUUUGUUUAAACCUUCACACCUGAAUUAAUCUUUCUGUCAAGUGUGUUGAAGUGUUUCUGAGACAUAAGUGACUCUGAAUGCUGAGGACAGUCUCUGGGGGAGGAGAGAGGAAAUAUUCGUGCCUUUAAUUAAGUCAUUUUUUUUAAUGCCUUAAUUUCCCUGUGAUUUUCAUUUUGCUCUUUUGCGUUACCAUUUCAGAGGGAGCUAUACAGAUAUAAAUAUGGGGCCGGGGAAGAGAGUCACACUUCUAGUCUGAUUCUCAAUCACCCCCUCCCUCCCCAACCAGUCCUCCCUUCUCCUACCACACGCACUGUGUAAUUAAUCCCAUUGUAAUUAAGAGAGCCAUUGUGCAUCCAUGUUCACGACCAAUGCUUUCUGGACGUUCUUUUUGUUUGGUUUUCACAAAGCCUAGUCUCGCUGUAAAUAAUUUGAUUUCUUGUCUCGUGUGCACAAAACAAACCGUUGUCCAUUCGUAAAAAAACAAAAACAAAAAAACAGAAAAAAAAGGAAAAAAAAAUUUUCUUUUCCUGUUACUUCACCAGCCUAAGAGAACUUAGAAGGAUUUUAGCUUUAAAAGAGGAAAAAAAAACAAAGGUAUAUAAUUUUAUUACAGAUGUAUUAUUUAAUAGUAUUUUUUUAAAUGCACCGCACAUGCUUUUCCUUUGGAAAGUUGGGUGGUGGAGGGGGGGGGCGGAGAUUUGCACCAAGGACAGAGCUGGGUGGUUUUGUUUUAAAUGAUUCUUCGGCAGCGGGAUUUCUAAGUUUUGGGUGAUGUCAGCCUGUGUGUCGUGUGGUUUUUCUCUUCGGUUGAAACCUCUGAUGAGGUCUGUCGGUGUCACCGUUCCCUUUGAGCUUAACGCUCCCAGGGACUCCCUGGGGAAUGGCCUCUUUGAUCAUCUCAGCAUUUGGAUUCACCUUUCUGUUCUGCCCUGUUCGUAGACACCCACAUGUCCUGGCUGUGGCUGCGCAGCGAGGAGAUACAAGUCAUUGAUGGGGGGAUUUGGUUUGUCCUGGUGUGGAGGGAUAGGACGAUGCCAUGUAAACCGUGGGCUGACCGGAGACUGUAGUGGUGCUUAGGUCUGGUGCUGGGCCCCCGUGAAGGGUGACAAGGGGCUGAUAUGUUGCAUUGGCAGGGUAGGGGGGUGAAUUUCACCCUGGCCUACGGGAAGUGAUGCGGGAGGAUUCCGUGCCGCCCGCCAUUCUGGGAAGUGGCAGGGUGGAUCUAGAACCCUUGGCUGCUGCAGGUGCUGCAGUUUGUCCCUCCCGUAGGGUUCUCAGUACUAGACCCAGAGCCAAACAGCCCCAGAGGCAAUCGCUGGCCCCUCUGAUGAGGCAAACCUGAGCCCUGGAUCCAGCCUCCUCUGAGUUUUGGGGUGGACUGUCCCACUGCCAGAGGAACCUUCUUUGUCGUCAGUUGUCUUCCUCCCCCCGGCUCGGAUCCCUUCUCCCGGACACCACAGUGGGAGUAGCUGUGCUGAACUCCCCUCACGAAGGCCCUGUCUAUGCUGGGGUUCAAACCCUGACAGCAGACAGGGCUGAUUGCCCGUCCCAGAGAUACCCCUGGGACGCUUCACCCCCCUGUGCAGGUUGCGGUGCUUAGGGCAGGCUAGAAUCCCCCUCACUGGGGCAUGGACUUGAUUUUCAGUCCCUUUGUGGCCUCCCCUACAAGGCUUCCCAGGGUUGUUCCCACAGCCCAGUGCAAGCCCCUUCCAGCCUGAGCAUGGGGAUCAGACUUUGCCCCUGCGUCCCCGAGUGGCUGGCUGAGCACUGGGCCCCUUUCACGGCCUUAUUGCCUCCCUCCCCCAAACGGUUUCGUAGCCGUCGGGCUCAAUGGCACGAGCCCAGGCCGAGAGGGAGCAUCAAAGCGCUCUCGGCACGGAGCUCCCCGCCUGCUGCCCAGCUGCAGCACCCUGCCCCUGACACAGAGAGGCGAGCCGGCCACUCGUCUCUUGUGCCCAACACUAACUGAGCGGAGCUGGGGAGAGUUAGUGCAAUGCACACUUGUGAACACUAGAUAGUGCCGCUUGGCAAGGCAGGGCUGCUCCUGGGGGCUCUGCACAUACCACCCUCAGUACCGCCAGGUGAUAAACUGGUUCUUCCCCGGAGGGCAAUUCAAUAACCCUUUGAGGGGACCUUGGCCUCCUCCUGGCUGGCUCUGAAGGGAGUCCCCCUGGGAUCCCAUCAGCUUCUGGCAGAAAGCGAGCCCGUGCCAAACAGCGCUGGUUACCCAAGAGCUCCAUGCUCGGAUAGCUUGGUCCCAAGGCCGGGCGUGCUAGGGCCGAGCUGCCUUGCCCUUCAGGCUGCCAGGCAUUUCCGAUCCUGGCCGUUCUCUGCCCAUUGCAGGGGCCUCUCCAUCGCCACUCCAUUGGCAAGAUUGCAAUGGUUCCUUAGCUGGGGCCGGGCCAUUUGGCGCCUGGCUAAACCUGCCGGGGGCAGCGCCCGGCCAGCUCACCUCACUUGUAGCUGGACUCCUGCCCUGCCCACAAGGCCUGGCUAUGCAUGGGUAAGAAACCCAGCUCUCUUGUGCCGAAAACCAGCGCCCUAGAGAGAGCUGUGGGGUUUACUCUGGUGAAACAGAGAGAGAUGAGUCAUUGAUCCUCCCUAGCAUGGGAUGGGGGUGGGGGGACUUACGCGGGUCCUUCCGUCCCUGCUUAUCCGGCUCCCUGCCCCAUCCCUUCUCUCCAGCAAUCUGCUGGCCAUUAGCUUUGAGGACAGUGUGGCGAAGGUCAGAUGGUCUAUUCAGGCUCUUGCAGGGGUGGAAACGAGAGAGGUUGUUUAUUGGCAGCUAAGCAGCUUCUCCCUGGUGGCUUCCUGAGGACACCUGCAGUGGUGGCAGGGUCCGUGUAGCAGUGACUCUAGGGAACAGCGCGUUUCCCUUUUGUUGUUGGUUCAAAUGCAGCUCAGGUCGGCAGUGACUAUGGGUCUGUCUGCACUGCACUGUAAACCCAGGCUCAGACUCGCAUUUGGGCCCAGCCCCCUUCCAUCCACACACAAAUCAGUCUGAGGUGGGUCAGCAAACACUCAGGACCCUGAUCCUAGGACCUACCUGGGGCGGUUGGGGGAGGAGUAGGACCCUGAGUUCCACUGUGAUUCGAGUCCAAGCCCUGUCAUUUUGCAGUGUGGAUGCAGUUCAAGCUGCAGGCUCGAGACAAAAGGCCUGCCCAGUGCAGUGUGGGCCCGUUAGCAUGGCUGUGAGCCCUGGGUCCAGCACUUGUAAACCUAGGUUUACCACACAGUGUGGACACACAAGCACUGGCUUGAGUCCACAAGCCAGGGUCCCACAGACCCGCGUUUGCACUGCAGCAAAGACAUACUCGGUAGGGUCCCAGCGACGCCCUGCAGCGUAGCUGUGCCCGGUAGGGUCCCAACGACGCCCUGCAGCGUAGCCGUGCCCGGUAGGGUCCCAGCAGCGUAGCCAUGCCCAGUAGGGUCCCAGCGACGCCCUGCAGCGUAGCCGCGCCCGGUAGGGUCCCAGCAAUGCGCUGCAGUGUAGCCAUGCUCAGUAGGGUCCUGGCAACGCGCUGCAGCAUAGCCAUGCUCGGUAGGGUCCUGGCAAUGUGCUGCAGUGUAGCCAUGCUCAGUAGGGUCCUGGCAACGCGCUGCAGCAGAGCCGUGCCCGGUAGGGUCCCAGUGAUGGAAGUUUAGCUGUGCAGCCUGGAUGUCAGAUUUGUCUCCAAAUACCUUUUGAGUAGGUCAUCCUGGCUCCUGGUUCGGUUCUUUACCUUCGCCUUUCGCCAGCCCUGCCUGGCCCCGAGCAGCACUGAGGUGUGACGUACAAAGCGAGCUGGCGCUGAACAUUGGAAGGCUCCGUUCAGUUCUGAGCUGCCCACCCCAGUGGAGACGUCACCCAGUCAGGCGGGCGUGCAGUGAGGCCAAGUCUCCAGGCACGGCCCCGGGGAGCCAAUACGGGGAGUGGAUUUUGCCCAUGUGACAAAACCCACCUUCCCACCUGGCGCCAUUCCUCUGUCUUGGUAGAGAUGUCCAGGACUGAAUUCCCCUUUGCCCUGCCAGGGUGGCCCCCUUCCUCUUGGCAAGGCAGGAGAUGCGAAAACCCCGCCAGGACUUCCCAGACGAGGGGCUCGCUGAUCUCGGCUGGGCUCUAGCCCAGAGGCAGGGAGAAGUUGGGCACAGAAGGGUCUCGUGUAGCUCGCCCAAGCACUCAGGGAGUUGGAACAGGGAUCUCAGCCCUCUGCUGGCCCCAGCCACCACCCGCUGGGCAAAGCCACGGGAGGAAGGGCCCCGAUGGGUCACUCAAAGCCAUGGGUGACCCUUCGAGGCCCUGUCCCCACUGAGCUCCCAGGUCCCCUUCUUCCCUUCCCAGACCAGCCCGGAGGUCGAUGCCAGGUUUCCAAGGGGCAUAUCCGGGAGCAGGGUGGUUUACAAGGUUUCGCUCUUCUGAUUAAAUGCCUACCUAGAAGCCACACUAGGUCCAUUCUGCCAAGAACCCCUCUCCAAACGUGAGCCCCGCUUCCCUGGGACAGCUUGGCUGUGGCUUGCCCACUGGGCUGGCAGAGCCUGAGUUCCCGGCUCUAAUCCCAACCGCUUGCAAUACCAAGCAAAGUGCCCUCAGCUCUGCCACCACAGCUGGCUCCCAAGUGGCAGGCCCCGAGCACGGCACUAGCACAGGAGCUGAGCCCCUUGAAAGGCUCAAGCUGGUUCUUAAUUUCCCCUCCCUAAACCAUACUGCACUCGGGAACCAUCUCCUAGGUCCUUAAAGCCACCCCCGCUCAAUGGAGACCCCCCGGGUCAACAGCAACACUUGCUCCUGCCUCUUCUUUGGGUGGGGAACCUCCCCUCUGACCCACCUUGGCUAAAUGUUGCCCUGAUCUUGCCACGAUGGUAGCACAGUUCCCUUCAUCUGCCCUGUCUGCUCUAGAGAUACAACUGCCACCCCCGUCCCCCCGGUUACAACCCUGUUUCGUUUCGGAGCGUAGAUGGGACCUCAGGCUCAUUUUCUAGCCACGCUAUGGCACUGCUCUAACUCAGUUCCAAAACGCUGGCCAAAACCCGUCUCCGCUCCGCAACAUAGCCCUGGUGCAGCCGGCCCAGGGACCAGCCGGUCUGGAACUGUCACCCGGAUACGGCUGUAUGGGUAGGACCCUUUGACUUUCUGAUGUACCAGUAACCAGGCCUGUUUCACACCCUCAGUGCAGUCGUGCAAAUGACUGGCACGGGGGAGUCAGGACCCUCAGCACCUGAAUACAGCUAAGCCGCAUCUGCCCAAGUAAAGCCAAACUCUGUUCUCAACUGUGUUGGAAUCCAACACUGAUCCUAGAGAUCGGGGGGAGGAGAGGAGGGGAAUGUAUUGCCUUUCUGCUCGUAAAACCCUCCAGUCUUAAAGAAACUGAGAGAAGAAAAGCAUUUUCCCCUUGAUCACAUUGGUCCUCAUCGUCAUAAUGAGUUUCUUUAUUUUGGGGGGAGAGGCAGUGAGCCACCCUCCCCUUUGCAGUCUGUCUCGGUUGCAGUAUGGGGGUGUCAAGUUUCUGCCAGGGCCCUGUUCUUCACUCAUUUGCAAAAAACAAAAAAAAACCCAAGCCAUGACUCCAUUGGACACCUGUAAGUGUUUGUCCAUGGGUGGACUGUGUCCCAUGGUCUCGUUUCUGAGUUUCACGCCGUCUCGGCAGUAUUACGUUGUUGGGGGUGGUCUGUGCCGUUUCUGUCGUUCCUGUCCCCUGGACACUGCAAGAUGCCACCCCCCGGGGGUGGGAACUGUUUCUGUCUGAGGGUUUGGUUUUGGUUUUCUGGUUUUUUGCCCUGCUCUCUGUCUUGCUCUCGCUCUGGUUUUCAGUUGAGUAUUUUGUAAUCUGUUACAAUGUUUGUCCUUGUGUAAAUAAACCUGUUUCUGGCAAUACCC